GCUGGAAAGCGGUUUUGUCAAGAAUGUGGAAACAACCAAUCAGAUUUGUCCAUUUCGGACCGGAAGCUGUGUUGUUUACAUUUUCUAAGAUGGCGGCGGGGAUGUAUUUGGAGCAUUAUUUGGACAGUAUAGAAAACUUGCCCUUCGAGUUGCAGAGAAACUUCAAUUUGAUGAGAGAUCUAGAUCAACGCACAGAGGAUCUAAAGGGACAGAUAGACUCUCUGGCUAAAGAGUACACAGCCAACGCCAGGACUCUCUCCUCUGAACAAAAGCUGACCAUACUAAGACAGAUUCAGCAGUCUUACAGUAAAUGCAAGGAGUUUGGAGAUGAUAAGGUGCAACUGGCCAUGCAGACCUAUGAGAUGGUCGACAAACAUAUCCGGCGUCUUGACACAGACCUGGCUCGGUUUGAGGCUGACCUGAAGGAAAAGCAGAUUGAGAGCACCGACUAUGAUUCCACCUCUAGUAAGGGGAAGAAAGCUGAAACCAGACAGAAGGAAAAGAAGACGGCUAAAACAAGGUCUAAAGUGAAGAGUUCAGAUGAAGAUGGCAGUCCCAAGAGUGCACAGAAGAAAGUCAAACUCCUUCAGCCAGGAGAAUUCAACAGCCCUGCCACCAACUUUGGGAAUGUGCACCCAUCUGAUGUGCUGGACAUGCCAGUGGACCCCAACGAACCCACCUACUGUCUGUGUCAUCAGGUUUCUUACGGCGAGAUGAUCGGCUGUGACAACACUGACUGCUCUAUUGAGUGGUUCCAUUUUGCUUGUGUGGGCCUGACAACCAAACCAAGAGGCAAAUGGUAUUGUCCACGAUGCUCUCAAGACAGAAAGAGAAAAUAAACACCUGGAACAAAACGUGGUGGUUCAGAUGGAAAAUGAGAAGAAUAUUUCUUCAUUAGUUACUAGAUUUUUUGUUUCUCAUCCUCCUUAACAUUUGGUGCUUUUUCUUUUGGUUUAUGUAAUUUGCCUUGGUCUGAUGCAGUGUGUGUGAAGGAGCCAAGUGGUUACAAAUGUAUUUAAAUAUUGUUUUUUUUUUUUUUUAUAAACUGUUAACGAUAAUCUUUAUUUUUUUCGUUACCUUUGGUGCUCUUAUUGUGAUUUCUUUGUUUACAUUUUGUUUUACUAGUGAAUAAUAAACACUAAAACAGACCCAAUGGUUUAACAGUCCCAAGUUGUCACAAUAAUUUAUACUAUAUUUACAUGUACGACUACAAAAUAAAAAAUCAAAAAAAGUAUUUUCUCUGAAAAUAGUUAGGCCAUGUAUACUUUUUUGCAUUGUUGUAUAAUUAGUUUCUUGUGCUUACGCCUUGGAACACUAGUUUUAUGUUUUAAGUAAAACAAGAGGGCAAAAGAACAUGAAGACAAAUGCUGCGUCCUGACAGUAUUAGUCAUCUGGGUAGUGAGUUAAACCAUUUCAUUUUAACAUUUGAGUGCUGUAUAGAAAGUAAGACAGUUUGUGAAAAGUAUUGUCAUUUCUGUAGCUGAAACAUUGGUACAGUGGAGAGGGGGUGAUUGUGUUGUCAAUCAUUUGAAUACAGCUACUACCUCAAAAAA